AUGUCAGAAAUAGAUACUGAAGCGUUACUAUUGAGUCUUGCACUUGACGAAAAGCUCGCGCUGCUUGCUGGAGAAUCCCAGUGGCGUACUGCGGCAAUCCAACGUCUGGGUAUCCCACCUUUAAAGAUCUCAGAUGGUCCAUCCGGAGCCAGAGGAGAGGUUUUUGGCGAAGGUGUCCCAGCCGCCUUUCUCCCGUCUGGCGUGAGCCUAGGCGCAACAUGGGAUGAGGAGAUUCUGUUUGAGAUUGCACAGCUGCUGGCCGAGGAGUGCAAAACCAAAUCUGCAUCUGUAUUGCUUGCUCCCACGAUCUGUAUUCAGAGACAUCCACUCGGAGGCCGAAACUUCGAAUCCUUCAGCGAGGAUCCCUACCUCACCGGCAAGCUGGGGGUUUCGUAUGUUCGAGGCCUCCAGUCCCGUAAAAUAGGUGCCACGCCGAAGCACUUUGUUGCCAACGACCAGGAGACCCGGCGAUUCAAGUACAAUGCUGUUAUUUCGCCUCGCGCUUUGAGGGAAGUCUACUUACUACCCUUUCAGAUGGUAGUCCGUGAUGCCGAUCCAUGGUGCAUGAUGUCAGCUUACAAUAAAACCAAUGGUCACCACUGCGACGCAUCAAAGGAACUGCUAAUUGACAUAGCACGGAAGGAGUGGAAAUGGGAUGGAGUAUUCACAAGUGAUUGGGGUGGCACUACUUCCUCGGUCGAGUCGAUCAACAACGGACUCGAUCUAGAGAUGCCAGGCCCACCAACAAAGCGAUCCAAGGAAGUGCUUGAGACGCCCCUCAAAGAGGGGCUCUUAGACAUGGAUCGUAUUGAUGAGUCUGCAGGACGUAUCUUGCGCCUUCUUGAGAAGGCGGGUCGUUUUCUGGAUGCUAGCGACGACCCGGAGGUUUGCGAUGACACACCUCAGAAACGAGAUUUGCUUUUGCGCGCUGCUACUUCUGGCAUUGUGAUGCUCAAAAACGAGGCUAAGACCCUGCCAAUUAAGCCGUCUGACGGACUGAAACGGCUUGCUGUUAUCGGUCCGAAUGCUCAGCGAGUCGUUGCUGGUGGUGGCGGGAGCUCUUAUAUCAAGGCGCCUUACUGGACUACUGUCUAUGACUCUGUGAAACAAAAAUUCGACGGAACUUCGACGAAAUUAGUUUCAGCCGUUGGCGCCAAAGUCAAUCGGUAUCUUCCUGUGUGCAAAGUCGCUAGAAAUCCCGAUACUGGGAAAGCUGGAGCUGCGGUUGACUGGUACAACGGCCACGCCUUCACAGGGGAACCGGCUGCCACAGCGCACAUUGAUGAUUUAUACUACAUGUCUUUCGGCACAGUUCCACCCGAGAUACACGGUCAGACAAACUGGGCAUUCCGCGUGCGUGCGACACUACAGCCUGUGACAUCAGGGCGCCACUCGAUUUCCAUUGCAUCGAUCGGGCCUGCAGUACUGUAUCUGAAUGGCACGGAAAUAGCCCGUCAGUCCGGAGAGUUUGACGAGAAAGGCAGUCUGUUCUUCACCUACGGCAGCGAAGAGAGUAUCGUGCUCGUCGAUCUGGUUGCAGAACAAGACUACGAUGUAUGCAUCGAAUACAAUUCCCACGACCGUCAGAUUCAGCCUGAGCUUGUCCCCCUGCUAGAUCCCAUGGAAGAUCAAUUCCAGGGGAUCCGACUGGGGUACGAGGAGGUGGAUGCAUCAGAUCGACCAGCUGAGGCAGCACGCCUCGCAUCAGAGUGCGAUGCGGCAGUCAUUGUCGUUGGCCGUGACAUGGAAUGGGAGACAGAAGGUCAAGAUAUACAAGCAUUUGAUCUUCCCGGAGAACAGGUGCGCUUGAUCCUGGAAGUAGCCGCGGUCUGCAAAAAGACAGUUGUGAUUGUGCAAGCUGGAACGCCUGUCAAGAUGGAUCACUGGGUGGAUCAAGUGCAAGCUGUUCUUUAUACGUGGUACCAGGGCCAAGAGCUGGGUAACUCUGUGGCUGCUGUUCUUUGUGGUGAUGUCAACCCCUCGGGUCGAUUGCCUGUGACAUUCCCGCGACGCCUUGAAGACUGUCCUGCGUUUUCAUCUUUCCCGGGUGAAGAGGGGCAGAGUCAUUACUCUGAAGGCUUGUUUGUCGGUUACCGUUGGUGGGAUCUUCUCUCCACUGCGCCGUUGUUCCCCUUGGGAUUCGGUCUCUCAUAUAACACCUUUUCCCUGUCGUCUGGCUCUAUUAGCGGCAGUUCCUUGGUGCGUGAAUGUCCGCUUACGGUGACUUCCCAUGUCAAGAACACUGGGGGCAGUGAUUUGCCAGGACGGGAGACGGUGAUUGUGUGGUUCUCUCAAUGUUCGCCUAGAAGGUUGACGCGGCCGAAAAAGCAGAUCUGUGGCUUUGUGAAGUCUCAACCACUGCAGUCGGGUGAAACACAAGAAGUCAAGAUAGAACUGGACUUCCAUGCAUUCGGAAUGUUUGAUACGAAAAAGGAAACUUGGAUCAUCGACAAGGAUACAGAGUUCGAGAUCCUCAUUGGAACGACGGCUGCAAAUGCUGUUCCUGCAUGGCGAAUUACCACGCCCCAGGAGAUUACAUGGAUUCGGUAA